AUGGCGGAGAGACCCCCCAGCAGCCCCAGGGUGGCCUGGGAGGAGGUGGCGGCUCCCCGGGAGACCAGGUCUCCAGCGGAGCCCUACGCGGUGACCAUGGUCCAGCCGCUGCAGAUGGGCGAGACGCUGCCAGAGGAGAAUCCAGAGCAUCCAGAGCUCGAACCAGGAUGGGAUUCCGAGGGCAGCUGCUCUCUUUCUUCACUUGACAGCAGCGAGUCGACCACGGUGUUUGGACUACACCUUGAGCCUUCUCAGGUGACAGACAUUGUCCUCAUUGCGAUCGAGGCCUUGACAGCAGAUGACAUCUCUGACAGGCAGAUGGGCAGCAACAUCCUGGACAUGGUCGUGCUAGACCCUGGCUACUGGCUGACGGACGUGCCAAAGUUCAUGAGGUACAUCCACAAAAACGUGGAGUGCAUCUGCACGGAGCCAGCCCGGCACAGCCUGGACUCCCUUCUCCUCCGAAUGACCGAGUGGUGCCCCAGAGAAGUGGUCAGGAGCCUGUUGAAGAUCUCGCCAACCUGUGACAGCGCUGCCCUGGCCAUGUGGGAGGUGAUGAUCUCCGUGCCUUGGAUUUUGUGGAGCGUCUUGACGGAGCUGCUCAGCGUGCUCCAGGACCAGCGGGUGCGCAAGGUGUUCAGCUGUGCCACAGAGGACGCCUGCAUCUAUCCCUUGGCUCUGCUGCUCUACACUGACAUUGAUGCCGAGGAGUUUGCUGCCCUGUACAGAGCCCAGAGGUACCUGAGGCGUCCAAGCUCAGUGAUGCUCUCGCUGGUGCUCAGUGUCCUCAUCACGCUUUCGAAAAAACCUAAGAUGGCAACAAAAAUGCAGGUCCUGCUGCCAGACAUCAUGGAGAACCUGCAGGAUGCCAACGCUGAUGCCAAGAUGAAGGCCCUGGUGUUCCUCAGGAGCAUGAUGGGUGACGCGAAGACUGAGGAGGCCAGCCUCAUUGCUGUGCAGCUGGCGGAGAAGCUCCCACCCCUCUUUGAUGAUGACUCCAGCCAGGUGCGGGAGCUCUCCAUCAGCCUCUUCAAAGAUGUGAUGAAGGCCGUGGUGGGGAUAAACAAGAAAAAGAUGAAGAAGAGAGUGCAGAGGGUCCUGCUCCCGCUCUUCCUCCACAUGAGCGACGAGAUCGAGAGCGUGGCACAGGCCUCUAGGGACACCCUCCUCGCCUGUGCCGAGUUCCUGGGGUGGAGGAAGCUCAGCCACCUGGCCAAGACAAACCAGACGCACCUGAUCGGAGAGUCCUUGUUAGUGCAUGACAGGAGCAGGGCGGAAGACUAUCUGUUUCAGAGCCUGCAGUACCUGCGCAACGCUCAGGCCACCUUGCGAGAGGUGGCUGUCAGGUUCAUUGGGCUUGCCGUGCAGCACCUGAGGAACCUAAGUCAGACCAAGGUGUGGAAUGUCUGCAACGCCCUCUUGCCCUUGAGGAGAGACACGGAGCGCUUGGUCAGCUCCCUGGCAGCUCAGACCGUCUUCAAACUGACAAAACGCGUGAGAACACGAGGAUGGAGCCUGCGGUGGCUGUGCUGCUGUCUCGGCUGAGCCAUGGAGAACUGAAAGAAUCCUCUGGAAAAGGGCCAUAGAUUUGAAUAAUUCUUUGUUUUUAAUAAAGCUGGAAUAACAAGCCCCGUCCCAUGGUGUCCUUCCCAUGGGGACCACCCUGAGCGGGCCGAGCAGACAGCGUCCCUCCUGGCCUCUGCUGCUGCCUGCAGGACAGCACCCGCGGAC